CGCUGUUGCUGGCUUUUUCAGGAGCUGCUCGCUCGCAGCCCGAGACGCUGCUUUUUUUUUUUUUCCGGGUUCGGAGCCAUUCCGGAUGCUUUAGGCUGCCGGAUGUCUGAUCUCCGGAUAACUGAGGCGUUUCUGUACAUGGAUUAUCUGUGUUUUCGAGCACUUUGCUGCAAGGGACCACCGCCUGCUCGCCCUGAAUAUGAUUUGGUUUGCAUAGGUCUCACAGGCUCUGGGAAGACCAGUCUGUUGUCCAAGCUCUGCAGCGAAAGCCCGGAGAACGUUGUGUCAACCACAGGUUUUAGUAUAAAGGCAGUGCCAUUCCAGAACGCCGUUUUGAAUGUAAAAGAACUUGGAGGAGCUGAUAAUAUCCGGAAAUACUGGAGCCGCUACUACCAAGGAUCUCAAGGGGUAAUAUUCGUAUUGGACAGCGCCUCUUCAGAGGAUGAUUUAGAAACUGCUAGAAACGAACUGCACUCCGCUCUCCAGCACCCACAGCUAUGCACUUUACCCUUUUUGAUAUUGGCCAAUCAUCAAGACAAGCCGGCAGCUCGCUCAGUACAAGAGAUCAAAAAGUAUUUUGAACUUGAACCACUGGCUCGCGGGAAACGCUGGAUUCUGCAGGCCUGCUCUCUGGAUGAUGUGGACGCACUGAAGGACAGCUUCUCCCAGCUCAUAAACUUGUUAGAAGAAAAAGACCAUGAGGCAAUGAGAAUGUGAGACCUGACACAAAAGUUCCAGGAAAGCCUUGAACCCAAUAUGUUCAAUCUGGGCCCAUCCCGAUUCCAUGUUGGUAUCGAGACUGGCCCAGCUUCGGUAUCUGGUUUCCUCUAGCUAUUUCAGACUUUCAUCUCUCUAUUAACGUGACUAUUUUGUGAGUCAGGUGGAUUAUCAUCGGCAUUAACGUCAAGUACACACUACUGAGAGAGAAUUGAUUCUCUGUUUACCACUAGUUAUAUUCACCGCAUGUCUCUUCCUCCUGUUGGUCUAAGAAUCUCUUCUCUGCUUUGUGCUAAAGUGGAUGGAACUCACCGCUCAUGGAAAUGAAACCCCAUCUGAAGACCUCAGAAAGUCUCACAUGUCUUCGCUAACUUUCCUGGAUUUGGGAUUGGAGAAUUCUGAGACUCCACACGAUGUAUACGCCAUGGACAUUUCCAUGAUCUCUUAGGGGUUGGAGUUUUUUACAUUUUAUCUCGUCUAGUUUUCAUAUUAUUUUCUUGUGUGUGUGAGGAUAUUGACUUUGUAGGCUGAGUGGAAAAUGGCCACUCCAAACUUCACCUAAUCAUCUUCUCAUAAUACCGGCUCUGAAAAAGUCUAGAAAGUAGACAUGCAAGAAUUGCUUGACCCUACUGCAGCCAUGUCCUCUUCCUUAGAAGGAGGGCAUCCUAGCUGAAGGAGUGGGAGCCAAUUUAGGCAAGAACAGGCAUCACUGAUUUGAAUAUGAUCAACUCCUCAAAUAUUUCUUAAUGGAGUCAUUAGUCUGCAUAAAACCGAGCUGCAACAUACAUGUUUGCUUUUCCUAAAAAUCAGAAAUAUUUGAAUGAAAUCUAGAAAAUGGCUUUUCAAAUAAUAAGCAUAACAGCCAAAGUAUAAUUCACAGUUAGGACUUAAGCUGGCAUGGAUUUGAUGAAGCUCAAAGAUGAACCCCAUUAUUUAUUCAUCAAAUCCUAAUGUCUUUUAGGGGAGUCUUCUCAGGCCUCCAUUUAGUAGUUAAAGGUCUGUCAGUAUUUUUAUUAUAAACCUCUAUUUUCAGGGGUGUCAGUGUGCCCUUAGAGUAUACUGGGCUACAGCAAAUAAAUAGACUCAGUCUUUGAAACUAUUUUUUUCCACUUAAUUUAAAUGAUAAAAUUGCCUGGAAUAAAAUGUACAGUUUUAGUACGAUUUAGCACCUCUGAACUUUUCUAAAUCAGGACUAAUCUAUGAAUAUUCAAGUUCAUAGAUGAAAUAUUCUUUGGCAUAUCCUUUAGACACUUGACCACUCAUUAAAAUACUAAGUGGCCAAAUGAUAGAAAACUGCUCCCUACGCCCAAGCAAUAAAAAACAUGUCUGUCAUUUUUAGGUAGUGUAGACUGAUACUCAGAUGCCACAGACUUAAUGCCAUAUUUAUCACAGGGUGACAGGAAACCUUGUAACUCUCCAGAGGAUAGUCCUUCGACCCCUCACAGAGCUCAAAUGCAGUAUUUGCGAUUUCAUCCUGUAAAUGGAUUUUAAUAAAAACAACCCCACACUUCUUUAAGCCUUUUUAAAUAUAUAUACUACAUGGACCAGAGAAGGACCCACGAUGAUUCAUUUUGUCUAAAGUAUCCUUGAAUAUUUUUAAAACGGUGUGGUGAUCCAUGGGCAGCACAAACCUUUAAUCCCCAUGACCAGUUACACAAUUCCUGUUUUUAUUUUGUCCCCUCGUGCUCAUCUUCCGUGAAAAUAAAUAAAUAAAUGAUUCUCUUUUUUUCAGGCUUUGCUCUCCCUGCAAGUUCAUUAAAUGUAGAAUGUUGUCUUUUUGAAGAUCCUGUGGCUGAGUGCUCCUCGCCAUCUGUUAAAUGACUUCCCGUUGUCUGUGUGUGUUCAUGUGCACCAGCGAUGGGCUUCUCCACAGCCCCGAGACUGUCUGAGGCGUCGCAGCCGUCAGAAUGAAAACAUUAUCAAUCAGUACCCAACAACAGCUGUUUUUGACAAGUUUCUGUCUGACGCCUAAUGCUUUACAACUGUCAAUAAGGCUCUUUCUUUGUCUAGCAGGUCGAAGCGCGCUGUCUUACUGCUUCCUCUUGGCAUCCUGGACUCUGUAACCCUAGAAUUUGCUGUGCUUGGGAAAUCCAGGUGGGGGAGGGGAGAGGGGAGGGGAGGGGAGGUGGAUGUGCGGCUUGUUCUUACUUUUGUGUAAGGUGCCACAGGUGUCUUGGUUUGCGUAUUCAAAGACAUAGGAAAACAGUCUGUUGUGUAUUUCCUUAGUUAGCAUCUUGUUAUAUUUAUGGAAGUGGCCCAUUUUUGUACCUUCUUAGCUAAAGCAGUUGCCUCUUUUUAUACUGGCAAUUAAUUUAUAUAAGACUUUGUAUCUACCGUACUUUACAGUAUUGGUUGCUGGAUAACUGCCACAUCACCCUGUCUUUCUAUUGAGAUCUCCUCUCUCCGGACAGGCUCGUGUGGUCUUUGCUAGCAGCAAGAACUUGCCCUGGUCAUGAUUUAUAUGAUUUCCACUGUCUUGCAAUGAAAAUAAAUGCUUAGUAGAACGGG